AUGCUUCUUCCAGCUUCGUUUUCGCGACAUAUCACUUCUCUUCGAUCGCUGAACCGGAAGUGGCAGAGACUCGUAGCGAGAAGAAAGGAAAACAAUGAUGGGCUCUCAAGUCGCAUGCUUGAGGUGUUUCUACGAACCUGGGACUUAGGCUUCACCAGUUUUGGUGGGCCUCCCGUGCAUUUUCGUAUUUUGCAUGAGAGAUUUGUGCAAGGAAAAGGAGGGAAAGACAACUGGGUAGACGAGCAGACUUACCAGGAGCUCUUUGCAAUAUGCCAGGGUCUUCCUGGCCCAGCAAGUACCAAGAUGAUCUUCUGCCUUACUUUGUUACAUGCUGGGUUUUUUCCAGCGCUAUUAGUUUUCUUCACUUGGAGCCUACCGGGAGCGAUUGGCAUGUAUGCUCUCUCCCUUGGUGUCCAGAAGAUUGACGACACCCUUCCGUUACCGGUGUAUGCGCUUCUUUCUGGAUUGAACUCCUCAACUGUUGGCAUCGUUACACUCGCUGCUGUGCAGUUAGCCGACAAGGCGAUUCGCGAUAAGCUCACUCGCAUCUUGGUGAUCUUCGGUGCAUGUGCUGGACUAUGUUAUAAUGCCCUUUGGUAUUUCCCACUCUUAAUGGUUGUUGGCGGCCUGGCAACUAUUAUCUGGGAUGGAUGGAUGAGCCAACGAAUCCGGAAGAUUAAGCUUGCAUGGAGGGGAAGACACGCAGUCCAACCUACCACUGAAACAGAGUUAGCAACUAUGCAGAGUAUUCCGAUGGAAGAGGGCGGACAAACUGCCGCUCCUAGUCAAAAUAGUGACACGACUGCAUCGCAAAUGAAUUCGGUCCGAUCGCGAAACGUUGGCCCUAGAGGCGAAUCGGCGCCGUUGAGCUCAACAGAUACUCCUGAUCAGGAUGUAGAACAGUAUCCUGCACCCGCUCAUAGUAUCCGUGUUCGAGUGGGAAUCCUCAUCAUUGUUUGUUUCCUUGCAUCCUUCAUUGGUCUUCUUGUUGGUAGGAGCGUCUCCCACCAGCCACCAUUGGCUCUUGACCUUUUCACCAACAUGUAUCUGGCUGGUACAGUCAUCUUCGGCGGCGGGCCAGUUGUUAUUCCCCUUCUUCGCUCCUAUGUUGUUGGUCCUGGCUGGGUCUCUAGUCGUGACUUUCUUCUCGGACUAGCAAUCAUUCAGGCCUUCCCAGGUCCUAACUUUAACUUCGCUGUUUAUCUCGGGGCUUUAGCAUUGCAAAAGACGCAGUUCCCAACAAUCUUUGGUGCAUUUCUGGGGGGACUUGGAAUCUUCUUGCCUGGGAUUGCAUUGGCAGUUGCUGUGCAAAGCUUUUGGAAAACCCUCCGGAAGCAAAAAUGGGUUGUCGAUUUUCUUAGAGGCGUGAACGCGACUGCAGUCGGAUUGGUAUUCACUGCUGUUUAUAGGCUCUGGGAGAUUGGGUAUCUUACUCCUGAGGCUAAUAAUGGUCAGAGCCUAGCGAAGGAGCCAUGGUGGGUUGUGAUUGCUGUUGUUACGUACGCAGAAAGUGCGUGGUUCAACGUACCAUCUGCUGUUGCGAUCGUUCUUGGUGCUAUACUGGGGCUUUGCUGGUAUGGGGCGGUUGGUCAGGCGUUGUGA